UUUUUUUGCAAUUGGCCCCACGAUUCUUUUGGAGUGGAUAGAUUAUUAGGUAUUGUUGUAUCCAGCCCUCUCUGCGUAUCCAGCCCUCUCUGCGUCAGAGAGUUUCAUACAUUUUGCAAGUCCAGUCUUCAUUCAUGGCUUCCUCCUCUACGUCGAUUUCCUUGUUUUCGAGUCUUUGGAGUCGGAAGUGUUCUGGAAAUCGGGGCUAAACAAACCGUCGAUAAAGUCUUUGAAUUUUUCCAGCGUGCCCUGACAGCCGCCUAAGGAGCAGAGGAGUAGCUAUACUCUGCACACCAGGAAUGAUGGCCAGCUGAUCGAGCGUGAGGUUGCCAUUGGCGUCCUUGUGAAUGCUCGCGGAGAAUAUCUUUGCACAGCUAGUAACCCUUUGCGUUUACUUAAGUUUCUUUACAAAUAUUAGCUAUUUUCUUAUCCUUAUAUCAAAUCCAGCCCACUCUGCUUCAGAAAGUUUCAUACAUUUUGCACUUUCAGUUUUGCAUUAAUGGCUUCCUCUUCCUCAGCAAUUGCAUCUCCUAAAUUUUAUGAUGCAUUCAUCAGCCAACGAGACCCUAAUGUCAAGGAAACCCUCGGUAAACACUUGUAUCUCCUUCAGGAAAGAGGGUGCCAGGCAUUUCUAGACCGUCAAGAGAUUAAAAGGGGAGAUUCUAUUCCUUUUGCCAUUCACAAUGCCAUUUGCUCGUCUCUUGUGCAAAUACCCAUUUUUUCCAAAGGAUAUGCAGAGUCAAAGUGGUGUUUAGACGAGCUUGUUCUUAUGUUAGAACAACCACCUGCUGAUGCCCUUUUUAUACCUGUGGUCAACGAUGUCAAACCUUGGGAGCUUCGUCACAUUGAGAACCACGAGUCUAGGUAUGCUGUGGCAUUUUCUGAUUAUCGAAGUAAAGGCAGGUAUCUUGAUAAGUUAGAUGAAUGGAGAAAUGCCCUUAAAUGUGCUGCAGACAUAUCUGGUUAUGAGCUUGGCCAGCAUCAAGACGAGUUGUGUGAAAAAACUCUUUUUCGUGUGCCACAAGUGGUGCAGGAAAGGACAAAUAGGGCGAAAUAUCCUGUUGGAUUUGGUGAACUCGUCCAAUAUUUUGAAAGUUGUUGUUCAGAGAGAAAGAAGCAAAGAAAGGUCAGGAGAGCAGGGAUCUAUGGACUUGGGGGGUCUGGGAAGAGCACCGUGGCAAAAGAAUUGUUUAACAGGAAGCUUGCAAACUACUAUACAUCUUGUUUUCUCUCUGAUGUGAGAGAAUCACAUGCCAGAGGUGAAUUACACUGCUUGCAAAGUCAGCUCUUAAAUAAUCUUUUCCCUAAAGACCCAGACAUUGAAGGUCUAGAGAUUAGCAGUGUAAGAGUAAGGAAUUUGAAUUUUCUUGUAGUCCUAGUUGAUAUCGACCAUCAAGAUUAGUUAGAUGCCUUGUUGACUGAAGGUAUUCUCAGAUCUAGCAGCCUGGUAAUUAUUACAACCCGUGACCAAAGAAUGUUAACAGGUGCAGAUAUCUGUUAUAAGAUAAAGGGACUGAGUCGGGAUCAUGCUGCUUUCCGUGGACGGAAUCCACCCGUUGCAUAUAAGGAUUUGAUUAAAAGCUUCGUGGAAUUCUGUGGAGGUUUGCCCCUCUCACUUAAAAUUUCGGGUGCCCAUCUUUAUGGUAAGGAUGAGUAUUAUUGGGAGUUACAACUGGCAAAAGCUAGAAAAUUCAGUCCAAGGAUAUAAUGAAAAGACUUAAAAUUAGCUUUGAUGGUCUGGACCAAGAGGAGAAACAGAUAUUUAUAGAUGUUGCUUGUUUCUUCAAUAAGAAAAACAAAGUUAAGUUGAAAAGUUUUGCUAUAUCAAUCUUGAAGGCGUACGGUUGGAGUGCUGAACAUGCAGUUCAAACCUUGCAAGAUAAGUGCCUAGUUGAAGUGAAUUCUAACAAAUUUGAAAAAACAUGCAGUUCAAACCCUGCAAAAUAAGUGCCUAGUUGAAGUGAAUUUAACAAAUUUGAAAUGCACGAUCACCUCUGCGAUCUGGGAAGACAAAUGGCAGAUGAGUUGGGGCCUCCUCGGCUGUGGAAACCAUACAUUCUUAGGAUGCAAAAGGAUUUAAACAAAUCCGACAUAAACAAAGGGCAGGUGUUUCCAUUCGUUUGAGGAUUCGUCCCUCAAAAGCAGACUUUCAUGUUUUGUAGGAAAUUCAAAUGAUUCUGCUGAGACUGACCUCCUGUGGCUUGAAUCCGUCAAAUUAAAAGGCAUUCCUUCAUGGAUUCCUCUAAGAAAAUUGCAAUAUUUAUCUGUUUGCGGCGUGGAAGACAUGUGGAGCACUUUUCAGCAACAGCUGCAAAUCAAACCCCAGAAUAAUUGUGAAUGCCAGGCCAGUUUCGAGUUGAGAAAGCUGCAGAUGUUGCACUCUCCCUCGUUGCAAAAGCUUCCAGAUUUAAUAGGAAUGUUCAGUCAUUUGGAAGAACUAGGAAUAGGGAGCUUACUCCUAGAAUAUAUUAGGAACAGUGAUAUAGCAUCCCUCCUAGAAUCAAUUAAACAACUUAGUAAUCUUAGGUCAUUGAAAUUGUGGUGUCAGCGCCGCGACUUCAUUAGGGAUUUGAAUUGUUGGUGUAAGUGCCGCGACUCCAUUAGGAAUUUGAAUUUGUGGUGUGAGCGCCUGGACUUCAUUAGGGAUUUGAAUUUGUGGUGUGAGGGCCACAAUGACAGACAACGGAGUAAACUUAGUUUGGAGGCUUCUACAAGCAGCCGCAUGACUAGCCUUGAAACCAUAUAAUUUAGUAGAUUAGCUAAAAUUUCAAAGUUGCCAAUAAGUGGAGAGGUUUGCCCCAGACUUCGAUCAUUGACAGUUGAAUGGAUGUGGAAUCUAAAUGAAAUGGAAUUUAAGCAGCUGGAAGGACUGAAUACUCUUGAGGUGUUUGACUGUGAUAACUUGGCAACAAUAGCAGGGUAAUCUUCUCUAUCAGGGCUUCAUUAUCUUAGAGUGAAGGAUUGUCCCAAAUUGGUAACAAUAUCAGGGCUAUCUUCUGGGCUUCAAUCUCUUACCGUAAAGGUUUGUCACAAAUUGGAAAUAAUAUAAGAGUUUUCUGUAAAAGGGCUUCAGUCUCUUACGGUUGAAGAUUGUCCCAAAUUGGGCACUGUAUUAGGGGCAUCUUCUGGGCUUCAAUUUCUGAUUGUGAAGGUUUGGUACAAACUGGAAACAAUAUCAGGGUUAUCUUCUGUAAAAGGGCUUCAGACUCUUACAGUGGAGGAUUGUUCCAAAUUAUAAAAAUUAUCAGGAUUAGCUUCUGGGCUUCAAUCUCUUAUUGUGAAGUCUGUCACAAAUUGGAAACAAUAUCAAGGUUAUCUUCUGUAAAAGGUCUUCCGUUUCUUGAAGUGGAGGAUUGUCCCCAAUUGGAAAUAAUAUCAGGGUUGUUUUCUGGACUUAAAUCUCUAAAAGUGAAGGUUUGUCACAAAUUGGAAAGAAUAUCCAAAUCGGAAACAAUAUCAGGGUUAUCUUCUCUAGUAGGGCAUCGAGUUCAGUUUCAUGGAGUGAAGGAUUGUUCCAAAUGGGAAACAACAUCAGGGUCUAACUUCUCUAACAGGGCUUCAAGUGUUUCAAGCACAGAAGUGUGAAUGAAGGGUUGAAAUUGCCGAAGUCAGCAUCAUCAGCUGCAGUGUGUAGAAGGUUUCGAAGAGUGGCAAGGAUUGAAAAGUCUGAUAGUGGAAGUGCCUGAAAAUGGAUAUGCAUGGGUACAGAAUUGCAUUUAUGAAUUGAAGGUAAUACAACUUCUUCUCAAUGCAAACAAUUUAUUGAAAAGAAAGUUUAUUUAUUGUAAAUUGAAUUCGGUGAUCUUUACUUUAGUAAAAAUAUAUUACUACUUCUAAGUUGUGGAUUUUGAAAACUGUGUUCUUUUCUAAUAUUUGUAUCAAUUAUCAAUUAUUUAAUGUUUUUAAUAUUUAAAAUGUUUUGAGAGGUAGCCAUCAGAGUAUACCGUUUUGACAGGUGGGAACAGCAUUAUCUAGAUUGAAUGUAAAUUUGUUUUUUGAAUUGAUCUGCGUCAGAGCAUUUGUUGAGAUUAAGAGAGGACUGUAUGCACUGGACUCGAGAAGUUCAUCAAGUGCAAUCACUAUAUAUGCUUUGCUUGGAACAUAUAAUAAGAUUUGUGCUUUCAUCAGACCUGAAUCUAUACUCUCAACAUGUGGAGGUGAAUGGAUGAUUACAGUUUUACUCCCCCAUAAAUGAAAUCAACAUAAAGAAAGGGUUAAGGCUACAACGAAUGAAGGAGGAGGCAAAGCUUUAACUUUAAUGUAAAGAAUUGUUGCUCGAUCAUACAGAGAAAGAAAAGGAUUGAGAAAGUAUACUUUCACUAUCUAUGUUUUUAAAA